AUGGAAAACCCUGAUGAGGAGCUUGCUGGGGCUGAGGGCGUGUCCGAGUACCCUGCUUCUAGGAGGUGCAUCUGGCACCUUUCCAGUAGCAAUACCUACAAAGGUUGUGGCAUAACAGCGUCAGAUUCUGGCAGAAUUCAUAAGCGAAUCCACACGGGAGAAAGACCAUACAAGUGUCCUCACUGUGAGAAGGGCUUCAGCCACGGAUCUCAUCUGAAGAGACAUGUGCGUGUUCACACCAAUGAGAGACCGUAUCAGUGCAGUGAAUGUGGGAAAACCUUUAUAGACUCAGGCUCUCUAAAAUCACACCAAAAUAUACACUCUGAUGAGAAACCGUAUCAGUGCAAACACUGUGACAAACGAUUCCGUCAGAUUUCUCAUCUGAAUCGUCACGAGAGGAUUCACACCGGAGAGAAACCAUAUCUGUGCUCCGACUGCGGGAAGAGCUUUUCUGAUCCACGUUCUUUUGUAUAUCAUAAGCAAGUCCACACUGGAGAAAAACCGUGUCACUGCAGCUUCUGUGGGAAGAAUUUCAGUAAACAUAGUACUUUACAAAACCACAAGAGGACUCAUACUGGAGAAAGACCGUUCAAAUGCUCACAGUGUGACAAGACGUUUGCUCGAUCAGACGUCCUGAAGGUCCAUCAGCGAGUUCAUACAGGAGAGAAACCUUACUCCUGCUCCAUCUGCGGCGAGAGAUUCGCUUAUUUAGGUAGUUUUCAGACCCACCAGAACAAACACGCUAAAGAACAAACUGCUCCAGAAUCAUCAGAGUGA